UGGACAUGCGUCCUCAAAGUGCCCCGCUCCUGGCUGUGGUCCUCGUCCUGGGGCUGUGUGCCCUGGUGGCGGGCGAGAAACCUUCACCCUGCCAGUGUUCCCGGCUGAGCCCCCACAACAGGAAGAACUGUGGCUUCCCAGGCAUCACUUCCGACCAGUGCUUCAACCUUGGCUGCUGCUUCAGCUCCAGUGUUAUUGGGGUCCCCUGGUGUUUCGACCCCCUUCCCAAGCAAGUGGACCAGCAGUGUGUCAUGGAGGUUUCCGACCGUAAGAACUGCGGCUACCCAGGCAUCAGCCCCGAAGACUGCGCCUCCCGCCACUGCUGCUUCUCUGACACCAUCCCCCAGGUGCCCUGGUGCUUCUUCCCCAAGUCUGUGGAAGGGUUUCCUUCCAUUCUCAGAGCUUUCUGGGUGAACGUGGAGGUGAUCCAAGGCUUUGCUGGAAGGUUUCCCACCCUCCAGGAGGAGCAGACCCCACAGGAAGCACCCUGGGUCUGGACUGCCAUUAUUAAGAUGCACCAAGAUGCUGACUGCUGA